AUGGCGAAAGAGGAUAAGAAAAGAAAAGUCGAAGACAGCAGCGAGGUUGUAGAGAAGAAAUUCAAGAAGGAGAAGAAGGACAAGAAGGAGAAAAAAGAAAAGAAGGAUAAGAAGGACAAGAAAGACAAGUCUGAAAAGAAGGAGAAAAAGGACAAGAAGGACAAAAAAGAGAAGAAAGACAAAAAAGUCGAGUCUACUGAAUCUACUGAGUCUACUUCGAAGACUUCUUCCUUUUCUACUACUUAUGUUCAGUCCGACGACUUAAACAAUGUUCCUGAAUCAGAAAUUCAAGAUUACUUGAAGAAGAACGAGGUAGCCGUGGAGGACCCAGAGAAAUUGAACUUGCGUCCACUCUUGAAGUUCAGCCAAGUUGACCUUGUGUCUGAAGUUCAGAAGGCCAUCUCUCAGUUCCCAUCCCCAACCCCAAUUCAAGCUGUGUCUUGGCCAUAUCUUUUGAGCGGCAAGGACGUUGUUGGUGUUGCAGAAACCGGAUCUGGUAAGACAUUUGCUUUCGGUGUUCCCGCUGUCAACUACAUUUUGGGUGAGCAAAAGAAGGGUUUGAAGGUUUUGUGUCUUUCUCCAACCCGUGAAUUGGCUCUUCAGAUUUACGACAACUUGGAACUCUUACUCAAGGAAACGAACAUUUCUAGUGUUGCCAUCUAUGGAGGUGUUAGUAAGCAAGACCAAAUUGACAAAUUGAAGUACGCCAGCAUCGCUGUUGCCACCCCAGGUCGUUUGGUUGACUUGUUGGAAGACGGUUUGGUAGACUUGUCAGGAGUGGACUACUUGGUCCUUGAUGAAGCCGACAGAAUGUUGGACAAAGGAUUCGAAGAGCACAUCAAGCAAAUUAUUGGUAAGACUAAACACAAGUCCGAACGUCAAACCUUGAUGUUCACCGCUACUUGGCCAAAAGAGGUCAGAGAACUCGCCUCUGUCUUCAUGAACGAUCCUGUCAAGGUCACCAUUGGUGAGCGCGAUGAAUUGGCCGCCAACAAGAGAAUUACUCAAAUUGUGGAGGUGAUCGAUCCUCGUGAAAAGGAGAAGAAGCUUCUUCAACUCCUUAGAAAGUACCAAAGUGGAGCCAACAAAAACGACAAGGUUCUAGUCUUCGCUUUGUACAAAAAGGAGGCUCUGCGUGUCGAGUCCCUUUUGCAAAGAAACGGGUACAGUGUUGCUGCAGUCCACGGAGACUUGACUCAACAGCAACGUUCUAACGCUUUGGGCAGAUUUAAAUCGGGUGAUUGCACCUUGAUGUUGGCUACUGAUGUUGCAGCCAGAGGUUUGGACAUUCCAAACGUCAAGGUGGUCAUUAACUUGACUUUCCCCCUUACUGCUGAGGACUACGUUCACAGAAUCGGUCGUACUGGAAGAGCAGGUCAAACCGGUAUCGCACACACACUUUUCACUGAGCACGAGAAGCACCUCAGUGGAGCUUUGUGUAACAUUUUGCGUGGUGCCAACCAAAACGUGCCAGAAGAAUUACUUAAGUUCGGAGGCCACACCAAAAAGAAAGCCCACUCCGCUUACGGAGCCUUCUUCAAGGACGUCGACAUGGGAAAGACGGCUAAGAAGAUCAAGUUCGAUGACUAG